CGUCUGGGCGGGGGCUGCGGCUGCGUGCGGGUGCACAUAUCAGAACCUAACGCGUUUCGUUAUGGUCUGCAUUGCGCCGGAUGUGCACUUUUCCUCAGUUUGUUUUAAGAAGGUAAUUUAAAAAGGAUAAGUAGAAUGUUAGAAAACGAGAGGAAAGGGACUGUUUUCAGGCAGGGUAACUACAUAUGCAAAGAUGAAAAGACAAUUUUAAAUUUUGGCCUUUUCUAGAAGUAAGUGGGAUUAAGGGUAGAAUCAUACAGCAAUAUACAGAAAGUAUUUAGAAAACAUCGAGGCCAUUGUCCGUUCACAGACGAGCGCAGGUACCUCCCCGACCUGCAGUUUACUGCGGGGUCUGCAGUGAAUCCUGGGUUACUGAUCUUUCCUCUGGAUCCUACUGUCUUGACCUAAAUUCCUUGUAGAAGGCGAUAUGAUACUGUGUGAAACUGCACAGUGGUAGUUUCGCUUUAAUAAAUUUGAUACAUGGAAAUGGAAGAAUCGUGUACAGAGGCGAACCGCAGCCCGUUAGGAGCCUGCUGAUCGCUGCCGACGCUGCGCAUCAACGUGUUCACCCCUUUCCUCGUGCUGUCCCAUCUCUGACCCUCACGCUUCAUCCUUUCCUCUCCCUCAGGCCAAAUUAAAAUGCCACCUGCAGUUUCACUGCUUUCCUCUUCCCGCUCAGGGUCUUCACGCUGAUCCCAUGGCACUGAAUGGCACUCAUCUGGUAGAUUAUUUCUCUGUGUCUCCAAGGUUAUAGACAAUUUGUGACAUGAGCGACUCAGAAGGCGGGGAGACUCCCCAGCUUUCCGCACACACCUUAGCAGCACUCCAGGAGUUUUAUGCAGAGCAGAAGCAACGAGUUGACCCAGGGGGGGACGAUAAAUACCACGUUGGAAUCAUAGAAGAGAACUGGCAGUUGAGCCAGUUCUGGUACAGUGAGGAAACUGCUUUGCAACUUGCACAGGAAGCCAUUGCAGCUGCUGGAAAAGGUGGCAGAAUAGCAUGUGUGAGUGCCCCCAGUGUUUACCAGAAACUCAGAGAGCUGCACAGAGAAGACUUUUCUGUACACAUCUUUGAAUAUGACAAAAGAUUUGCCAUGUAUGGAGAGGAGUUUAUCUUCUAUGAUUACAAUAAUCCAUUGGAUUUACCCGAAAAAAUUGCUGCACAUAGUUUUGACAUCGUAAUAGCAGAUCCUCCCUAUCUUUCUGAGGAAUGUCUCAGAAAAAUGUCAGAAACCAUCAAGUACCUGACUCAGGGCAAGAUUCUGCUGUGCACAGGUGCCGUCAUGGAAGAACAGGCAGCAAAGCUCCUUGGAGUGAAGAGGUGCAAGUUUACCCCCCAGCACACCCGUCACCUGGCCAACGAAUUUUGCUGUUACGUGAAUUAUGAUUCUGGGCUAGACUGUGGAAUCACAAGACAGUAAAGGACCCUGUGUGGCAUUUCCUUUUAAUUUUCUUAGUAGAUUGAAAAGUUUUAACCUUCUCCCCUCCCUCCGCAAACUGGGGCUGUCCCUGGCCUAAUUUUCAAAAUAAAGGACAAAAUAACCUCUCA